GGGACGCAGCGCACUCGGCGCUGGGCGUGGGACCGAGGGCGCGGACACAGACGGGCCGGGCCGCCGAGCUCCAGGGCAGCGCGCGUCCCGCCGCCGAGAGCCCCGACCCGCGGGAGCACUGCUCUGGGGCCCAGCGGCCGAAGACCCGUGGCGCUCUGCAGCGUCGCCAUGUCCUCGGUGUUCGGAAAACCCCGCGCGGGCAGCGGGCCGCAGAGCGCGCCCCUAGAGGUCAACCUGGCAAUCCUGGGGCGCCGCGGGGCGGGCAAGUCCGCCCUGACUGUGAAGUUUCUGACCAGGAGGUUUAUCAGCGAAUAUGACCCGAACUUGGAGGACACCUACAGCUCGGAGGAGACUGUGGACCACCAGCCCGUCCACCUGAGGGUCAUGGACACCGCAGACCCGGACACCCCCAGGAACUGCGAGCGCUACCUGAACUGGGCCCACGCCUUCCUGGUGGUAUAUAGCGUGGACAGCCGCCAGAGCUUCGAGGGCAGCAGCAGCUACUUAGAGCUGCUGGCCCUGCACGCCAGGGAGACCCAGCGCGGCUUCCCCGCCCUGCUGCUGGGCAACAAGCUGGACAUGGCCCAGUACAGGCAGGUCACCAAGGCGGAAGGCGCGGCGCUGGCAGGCAGGUUUGGUUGCCUGUUUUUCGAGGUGUCCGCCUGCCUGGACUUUGAGCACGUGCAGCACGUCUUCCACGAGGCGGUGCGAGAGGCCCGGCGGGAGCUGGAGAAGAGCCCCCUGGCCCGGCCCCUCUUCAUCUCCGAGGAGAGGGCCCUGCCCCACCAGGCCCCGCUCCCCACCCGGCACGGGCUGGCCAGCUGCACCUUCAACACUCUGUCCACCGUCAGCCUGAAGGAGAUGCCCACCGUGGCCCAGGCCAAGCUGGUCACUGUGAAGUCGUCUCGGGCCCAGAGCAAGCGCAAGGCACCCACCCUGACCCUGCUGAAGGGCUUCAAGAUCUUCUGAGGGCCCUUCUGGAGGAACCCUAGGUUCGGUGGCUGGGCAGGGCUGUGACAGGGACUGGCUUGUCACCACCAGCCUUUCUUUCAGAUGGACCAGUAGCCCUGGGCGUCUGGGACCAAGCAGGUUCCACUCAAUUCACUGUGUGGACUGCAGGAACAGACAGGAAUACUGUCCCAGUCCCUCCAGGCCUUGGUCUCCGUAGUAACCAUUGCAUCUGUGACCCUGGAGGAAAACAGCCACUGUGACAACCAGAGACCAAGGAUCAGCCAUAAGCAGGAAGAAAUGGCUGUGUCCUUUUACUGCUGUCGCCCUUCCCGCUCCAGCGGCAGCCAGGCCAGCUGUGGCCCCUACUAGACAGCUCUGGGCUGAUGCUCCGGGAGACCCUGAGAGCCUGCAGGAGAGAUGGCCGAGACCUUUGCGCCACCUGGUGGUCGGGAAAGGCAGGACACCGUAGGUAUUGGAGGCCAGAGCUUGGCCAGAGGGUGGUCUGAGCUCACAGAAGACCUAGGCAACACACCCCACAGUUGAUCCAAAGAAAAUCUAGUUUAAAUAAUCCUAUGAGACACUUUGGUGGGGCAAAAAAAAUCCCAGGAAAGGCUAUUUCCAGCCCUUUGCCUCUGGAUGCAGAUGGGAGAGGGCUGUGUGCUGUCCAGUGCGAGGAGCUCCUGACGUUUUUCACCAGCACGUGGAGGGCCCUUGUUCUCCCACCAUUAAGGACUCUGUCUACAGACCCUUAGGACCAGCCUCUUCAAAUGCAAUGAUCAAGGCUGCAGAGCAAAGCCGACCUCUGCAGGGACGGUUACGCAGAACCCGUGGUGCCCACACAGCAUAUCCAACACUGUCUGUGGGCCCCUCAGCCUGCCUGGAGGGAGGGACACAGUAUCUCCAUCUGUAGCCUGGCUCGGCAGGACCCAGGCCCCUCAGGAACAGGUCUGAGUGUGUAAAGGCCCCUUUUGUAAGAGAACCCAGAGCAUUUGGGGCCAACAAAGCAAUUUUUGUGUGUAAAUUACUUGGUGGUGUCACCAUGGUUUAUGUCACAACACCAUGACUCAGACUCAGGUCACUCUUUGGGUACCUCAAUGACAGCGAGAGAAAGCUGGGAGGCAGGUAACUCGAUCGUUUUCUAGCUGGUAACCACGGACCCUCAGCAGACAGCAGGUGAAGGCGAGCAGGUGGAAGGGUUGGGAAGGGCACUCUGAGCUGGAGUCCUGCUCCUUCCCCUCCCAGCAGUCCUAGGAGCUUGGGGUACAAACAAAAUUUCCAGCCCAGUCUCCAGCCCAUUCUGCAGAUGGAGAAGCUGAGGUCAGAGGGAGGCUGGAAACUGCCCGAGUGCACAUGCUGAGAGUCCUGGCCAGGCCUCCUAGCCCAUGGGCCAGCUACGG